AUGGCGUCGGCCAACCCAGACGUCCAACACUUCCUCGGCAUCCCGUGGUGCGCGACGCUCCUUGACGAGCCCGGCACCAUCUGCAACACGGCGCCGUCGCGGUUCCAGAAGGCGAGCACGGAGGACCAGCUAAUCUCGACGACGCUGCGCACAGAGGAGACAAUUGCCGCGUUUGUCAUGUUUUACAAGCGGCCGUCGUCGUCGGCAAUGGAAACAGCACCUGCCGUCGCGGCGGACGGCGAGGGUAGCAACGUCAUCCGCGAGCUCAAGGCGCUCCUCACCCUCGGCGCCGGCGUCAACGGGUUCGCCAACGUGUUGCACGGGGGCAUCGUCGCGACGGUGCUGGAUGAGACCAUCGGCAACAUCUUCCCCAUCAACGAGACCGAGGGGCUGAUGCCGUCCGGGUCGUACAUGACGGCCUACCUCAACGUGACGUACGUGCGGCCCGUGGAGACGCCGCAGACGAUUCUGUGCGUCGCCGAAGUUGUGAGGGUCAAGGGGCGGAAGUGGUGGGUACGGGGGAGGAUCGAGGACCGAGAGGGGAGGGUGCUGGCCAAGGCGGAGAGUUUGUUCGUGAGGCUGAAGGAGAAGCUGUGA